CAGGCGGCAGAGUGGCGCUCUGCGCCCGAGGCCCGCGGUCGCUGGCUGGGCUGAAGACGGAAUGGGGAAGAAGCAGGUGCGUCCUCCACGAGCACUUCCACCUGCACCAAGUGCUGUUCAAGAUGAUGUUUCACAAAGUCGUCCUAAAAGAAAGAAGUCCAGAACCAAAGCUACACUAGCUAGUGCUUCUUUGGAAGGUUUUGAUGAGACUGUUGUUCAUAGAUCAUCUGAGGGCAUUGAGCCACCAACUAAUGAACUCAAAGAGCAUCCAGAGGCUCCUGUUCAAAGGAGACAGAGGAAGACGAGGCUACCUCUUGAGCUGGAGACUUCUUUCACUCAGAAGAAGACAUCUAAUCCAUCUUUAUUACGAAAUGAAAAUGGUAUUGAUGCAGAGCCAGCUGAGGAGGCUGUUAUUCCAAAACCACGAAGGAAGACAAAGAAAACCCAGAGAGCACAGUUACAGUAUGCCAAUGAACUAGGAGUAGAAGAUGAAGACAUAAUUACUGAUGAGCAAACAACUUCAGAACAACAGUCCAGAUUCACUGCACCCACUGGAAUUAGCCAGCCUGUAGGCAAAGUAUUUGUGGAAAAAAGCCGGCGAUUCCAGGCUGCUGAUCGUUCAGAAUUGAUCAAGACCACAGAAAACAUAGAUGUGUCAAUGGACAUGAAGCCUUCCUGGACCACCAGAGAUGUGGCACUUUCAGUACACCGAGCUUUUAGGAUGAUUGGUCUGUUUUCUCAUGGCUUCUUGGCUGGCUGUGCUGUAUGGAAUAUUGUCGUGAUAUAUGUUCUAGCUGGAGAUCAGCUGUCUGACCUCUCCAACCUUUUGCAACAAUAUAAGACCUUAGCAUAUCCAUUCCAGAGUCUCCUUUACUUACUUUUGGCUUUAAGUACAGUUUCAGCUUUUGACAGAAUUGACUUUGCUAAAACAUCAGUAGCAAUCCGAAAUUUUUUUGCCCUGGAUCCAACAGCUUUAGCGUCUUUCUUGUACUUGACUGCUCUUAUACUAUCUCUGAGUCAGCAAAUGACAAGUGACAGAAUCCACCUUUAUACGCCUUCUUCUGUUAAUGGUAGCCUCUGGGCAGCAGGAAUUGAGGAACAGAUUCUCCAGCCAUGGAUUGUGGUGAAUCUGGUGGUGGCUCUUCUUGUUGGAUUAUCUUGGCUUUUUUUGUCUUAUAGGCCAGGCAUGGAUCUUAGUGAAGAGUUAAUGUUCUUCUCUGAUGUGGAUGAAUAUCCUGAUACAGAAAUCAAGGCCUCUUCAUAAUACCAACUCAUGUUCAAAG